AUGUUCGGUCGCAAAGGUGAUGGAUUUUGGGAGGUCUUGGCAAGAGGUAGAUAUGAAAGAUGUGCCCGACCUCUGGCGUUGAGAUUCCAGAGAAAUGGGAAGCUUUAUGCCAUGGAUGCCUUCCAAGGCCUGCUGGAAAUCGACGUCGACCGAGGUGUCGUGACGUCGCGGGUGAUGGAUACGUCGAGGCCGAUCAACGGUCGCGUCCCAAGGAUGCCUGAUGACUUCGUCGUCGCCUCAGAUGGUACCAUCUAUUGGUCGGAUGGUUCUACUCGAUUCGACAUCGAUGCCGGGCUGUUGGAAUUCUUUACCACUGGCACUGGCAGGUUCCUGAGAUACGACCCUCGGACGGGACGACAAGAGGUCAUCAUGGACGGCUUGGUCCUCGCCAACGGUAUUCAAUUGGCCGAAGAUGAAAGUUUCCUCCUCCUCGCGGAAUGUGGCCAUUUCCGCAUUCACAAGUUCUUCAUUUCCUAUUCACUCAUUCCCUUCUCCGGGGCCGCUGAUAACAUCCGUCCUAAUGGACGAGGCGGGUUCUAUAUUGCCAUCUCCUACGUCAUCCCACCUGGAAAUUUCGAUCCUCUCAAGUUAAUUUCAAAGAAACCCUGGCUCAAAUUCAUCCUCGUCAAAUUAACCUGGAAGAUCCGACAAGUAUCGGACUCCAUCAACUAUUACAUGCCCAAUUGCGUCAACGCUGCCAUUUCUUACAUGAUAGGGAACAUGCGGCUGUCGCAGUUCUUCCCGUUGAAGUUGUACAGCCUGGCGCUCGAAGUAGAUGCGUACGGAAACGUGCUUCGAAGCUUCUGGUCCACCGACGAUAUCUUGUGGAACAUUACAGAAGUGCAGGAGUUUGAUGGCUACCUCUAUUUUGGAACCUAUAUGACCUCUGGCUUGGCUCGGCUCAAGAUUCGUCCCUACUUAGCAGCUCCAAGACAGUCCAAGCUGUUGGCCGGCAUAAGUGUCAAGAUGUUGGGAGGGUUGCAGCGGCUGUGUUUCUCCUUUGUUUCUGGCAUGAAAAGCGGAUCCUCCAUGGAAAGAUCCCUUCGACCAUUGCUGCGACAUGGAAAUGAAAUAGCCUCAGGUCUGCAGAGUGUUGUCCAUAUGGAGACAAAGAGAGCAAUGUCCCGGUUGAAGACUCGUUCCACCCAUCCCCCAUAUUGGUGGGCAAAGCAGACAAGAACUAGGUACAAUGAAGAACUGACAGCUGAGAAUAAGGAAUUCAUUGAAGAAGUGAUAGAACAACGAUAUGGAGUACCACCGACAGUAUUGGACAGUGUAUGCACUCCAUAUCUACCAGUAUCACCCUUGAGGGAAGAGCCAUGGCCCAGAGGAGAAUGGACUCCAACAUCAAGACGAUGUGGCUUGAUUGCUCGCAAAAUUGGUGUCUAUCCCUUGUGGAAAAAAGAUGGUUCUCGCUUCCUCUCAACUCUCUUGCAGGUCGUUGACAAUCAUGUCAUCAAGUACAUACCACCUGAAGAAUGGAUCAAGACAGUGAAAGGGAAGAAGUGGUACAAGCCCUUCAAGGAUCCACCAAAGUUUGGUGUUCUUAUUGUUGGAGCUGAAAGUGCUGAUCCUCAAUUGUUCACCAAGGAGUAUUGUGGGCUGUUUGCUGAGUCAGGCGUGAUGCCAAAACGGAAAUUGACCCGGUUCCUAAUCACCCCAGAUGCCAAGAUUCAACCCGGAACUCCCCUCUAUGCAUCUCAUUUUCGUCCUGGUGAUUACGUGGAUGUCUAUGGGAAAACGAUUGAUCACGGUUUCGAAGGAGUGAUGAAGCGCUGGGGGUUCAAAGGGAUGCCAGCUACCCAUGGAGUAACCAAAAGUCACAGAAGAGGUGGAAGCAUUGGUGGAGGAGGGAAAAAGGCCAAUGUAUGGCCUGGCAAAAAAAUGCCUGGCCAUAUGGGCUCUGAAAGACGCACUCUCCGUGGUCUCAAGAUUUGGCGAAUCAACACCAAGUACAAUGUGAUAUGGGUGCAAGGCCCUGCUGUUCCUGGGUCUACAAAUUCAUAUGUCUACAUUCAUGACACACUCCUUUCAACCAAGAAACUGGAGGAAUCUCCCCCUUUCCCCACUCAUCAUCCGCAUGUUGACAAGGAAGCCUUGCCUGAAGAUCUCUAUGAUGAAGAGCUUCAUGCCUUCUCUGAUGCAACCAUUUUGUUUACUGCUGAGCAAUAAAUCCUAGUCCUACUUUUUCUCUUGGAACUGGUGAUGAUGAAUUUUACUUGACG